AUGUACGCUUCCGAGACUGCCUCAACGCAGGGGCUUCCUGCACUGGAGCUGGAUCCGGAGGAGCUGCUGGCACAGGUACAGCUGCUUCGCGCCGCGGUUGAGGGUUCUCGUCGAGAGUCCCGCGAGCUCGUAGGCGCUCUAGAGCGAGAGCGGCGUUUGAACUUGGAAAUGCGUCAAAGAUUCGAAAGACAGUUCGCUGCUGUAUCGGACCAGCUUCUGCAGCUGAACCACUUGCAAAAGGAGUCGGAAGCCUUGCUUCAAAGUUUACAGGAGCAGCUGAACGAGGCCGAGUUGCAAAAAAAUGCAGCCCAGCGGGAGCUCGCGUGUGUGCAACGACAACUGAGCCUAGCACGGGCAGAGGCAGACGCGGGGAAGCGUGUCCUAACCACGAUCGCUGAAAAAGAGGCGUUGCUGCGUAAGACAUCACAAGCGAACGCUGACUUGCAACAGAUCGUCAUGCACUUGCAGGCUGAGCUCCGUAAUUCAGAACUACAACCGUCAACGUCGAAUGCUUCUGAGGAGCGGCUUCACGAGGCCGAAAUACCUUCGUUGGCUGACCGCGAUGCAUAUCAGACGUUGCAACAAACGAUUGAGAAACUGUCCGCGGAGCGUGACAUGUGGUACCACGAAUGCGCCCGCGCCAAGGAGGAAUCGCUUCGCUUGCAACAGGAUGCAGAGCGGCUUCGCGGGCUUCUUGACGAGCAACAGCGCGUCCAUACCACUACCCAGACGUUGCUGCAGGAUCGGCACUUGCUCAUGCGUCGCAUUAUUGCAGCACUUGCAGAGAAGUAUCUCAUGGAGAAACUACCUAAUCAACACUACACCCAGGAAAUAGAUUCGUCCCCGUUUCAAGCACGUGGAGGAACCUCUGUACAAGAAGCCCAUAAGCAUGAAAGAUUGCGUCGAGCGCGGUCUUUUUAG